AUGAUCAAGAAACGAUCUGCAAAAUCCAUCUCUUCUCGGAAUGUUCGGAGAGGACAUGAAGAUGAUGAUAUGGUACAACAUACUCAUGAUAAUGAUCAAGGAAAUCAUGAACCAUUUGUAAAGCAAGGAAUGGAAGAAAAAGUUUCGGAACAAGAUGUUAUUCGACAAGUGUUGGAGGAAAGUGCAGAGUAUAAACUUGGAGGAGCCAAAUCUUCUUCAAGAAAAACUACAUCUGUUACAAAUGUUUUAAAUUUAAUGGAAAUGUAUGGGGAGGAAGAUAAAUCAUCUUCGGAAGGUGGUAUUAAAUUUACUGUGAAUAAGCCACCACAAUCAGUGGAACGAAAAUAUGGAGAAGAGGACGAUGAUGGCAUAUCAUACAAGCCAAAAUCAAUGAGAGUUACAAAACAACAAUCCACAUUUUCAACCUCUGAACUUCGCAAACGAAAAAGACACACUAAUAUUUUGGAUGUUAUGGAAGGAGAGGAAAAAUCAGGCUUUGAAGAUAACAAUGAGGUGACAUCAAAUAUGGGACAGAUUGUUGCCAUUAAGCCCGAAGACACAGCUGUAGUUUUGCAGCCUCAGGAUGACCAUGCUACGAAUGUCAAUGCUGGAGGUGGCACUGUAAUUCCUGACGAUAUUACAAUACAGGCAAUUAAGAUGAAAAGAAAAAAGCUGAGAGAAGCAAGUUCUACUCAAAUGCUAGAAUCAUCUGAGGCCACCUCAGAUUACAUUCCGCUCGAUUCAUCCAUUCCUGAAAAGGCUGGACUAGGAUAUAAAGGUCAAUCUGCUAAAGAAGAACCAGGAUACACGAGGGCAAUUGUGACAAAACACGGAGACGUGGUUCUUCAUAAAAUACAACAACCAACAAGUAGAUUAGUGCGAGAGGAUGAUGAAGCAGAAGACGCAGUAGAUGAAAUUAUUAACAAGGAAGAAGAAGUAUUUGAAACUUGGAAAGAUGCGAAGAUAAAGUUUGGAGCACCAAAUGAUGAUAGAAAUAAGGGAGAUGUUAAGGAAUCCAUUGGUAAUAUUGAAAUUGAAGACGUCGACAUGAUUGACGAAGAGGACGACGAGAAAAUGAAGGAAUUUAGCCAAUACGAACUCAAUCAAAUGAGAAACGCAGGAUUAUCGGUUCCUGAGCAUAAGCAAAAUAUUAUUACACAAUCUAAUUUAUUCAAACCUAGUGAAGAAAUUGAAAAGGAACAACGUGAGAAGGAUAUCGAAAAAAAGAAACUCAUGGCCUCAAUUUUGAAGUUUUCAUCCAAGAAGGAUGACAAGAGAGUUAUUGAAUCCUUUGAAACUGUUGAAAAACAAUUACUCGAGAGAAUGAAAGAGCUUGAAAUUUCACAUGACAAAAUGCAGCAGGUGAUCAUUGAAACCAAUACAGAAAUUGAAAAGAGUGCUCGCAUGCUCUCACAGCUCAAUGAAGACGGCCAACAAUAUGAGGAACAAUAUACCUAUUUCCAGGAAAUGAACAAAUUCGUGGAUGAAUUGGCUGAUCUGUUGGACACUAAAUUACCAGAAAUUGAAAUGCUUGAAUCUCAAAUAUUUGAGUUGCAAGAACGAUAUUACCAACAACUGUUUGAAAAGUCCUUUCAUGGCCAUGUUACCUAUAUGCCAUCGUACAGAGAAACACAAUACGAGAGAGCCGUUGCAUUUGGUGGAGAUGGCGAAGCCGAAAUGACCAAUGAUCGGUUUUUAAGCGAAAUGAACACAUUGGUUGAGAAGAUGAAACAAGUGUUUGACGAUGUCAAUGAGGAGUACAUUUCAAUACCCUCGCUAAAGAAACGUUUUGAAGGUUGGAAAGAGAAGUAUCCCUCCUUGUACAGAGACACCUAUUGUAGUCUAUGCCUGCACAAUGUAUUUGUAAUCUUAUUGAGAUGGGAACUUUUCACUUCAGGGUGUUUAACAGAGUAUAAGACAUCUAAUAACGACACUAUCAACUUACCCGCAUGGAGUGUCUCUCCGCUAGAGUGUACAGAUUUCACAAAAUUCACAUUUUGGAAAGAAUUAUUUAAUUACGGAGAAGUAACUAUGGAGGCGGAACCAGAAAAUUUACUUCCUGAAGUGAUUCGAAAAUCUAUGAUUUCCAUCCUGUUGCAUACCAUUUCUAAAAUCUACAAUCCAAUGGAUGUUGAACAGUCACCCAAGCUCAUGCAAUUGAUUAAGGAAUACAAAAUAUAUCUUGAAGGCUCUAACACCAAGGAAGAAUCAAAAAUAUCUGAAGCAAUUCAAAAGAGAUUGAGCACUACAAUCCAUGAAUUUAAAUUUCCAUCAAUUGCGACACUGAAUAACGAGCUUGUCACUCAAGCAAUCCAUCUAGUCAUAUCUAUUUUAUCUAAAUCAGUGAUACCUUGGAUUGAAUGGUAUCCAUCCCUUGAACACAGCGAUGCUCUCAAAAAUCAGAUUGUCCUGCAAUUCAUUAAUUUGAAAUUGAUGACCUUUAUUGAUUCAUGCAUUUCUCACAAUAUCAUUACUAGGAAGGAAAAGAUUAAGUUUGUCACACAACUCAUGUCUCAAUGUAAAUUACCAAACAGUUGGAAGAGGGAAUUGAAUUUAUCAAUAGAUUAA